AUGAAUGGCGCGCACUUUCCUGGAAAGAAACGUGGAAAAGCCAUAGAUCCCAAGAAACUGCAACUUCGAAGAGAUCAGAGUCCACUUCACACGACACGGGCUCGCGCUUAUCAGAGCAGCAGAGCCUCAGUAUCCAGUCAGCGGAAUGGAGGUGACGACGACGGUAUAUUCAUGGAGCUCUCUAGAUUGACCGAUAGGUACGGCAUAUAUCACCGACCACGAAGCCGCAGUCCAUUCUCGAGGCCUGGUUUAUGGGAAGGCAAUCCGGACAACCCACACAACAGAGAUCACGCGAACAAGUUCUGGUAUAAUCCUUCUUCCGUGGCUGUAGACUGGAUGAAUGGUCAGAUAGGCCAUGGCGAGCAUUUCGCAGUCCCAGCAGUGGGCGUUGGACUCGCCACUGCCUACUCAUCGCUGCAUUUUCCUUCGGUUGGAAGAUUCCUCGGAAUUGCGGACGAUUACGACAUCUGA